CACAAGACAUAAUGGAACAGUCCGACCUCAGGUUUGGGGAUUUUGGCGGGUACGGAUCAGCUUGUUGGGUUCCCUGAUCCCUUUCCUCCAUAAACGUUCAACAUAGGGACUCGAGGAAGCAUGGCUUUCUGUAACGGCAAGGCAGCCGCUGGGGAUGCCUUGAGCCAGGUGGAAGACUUGGAGAAAGUCAUUAUCUUAGACGCUGGUGCCCAAUAUGGAAAGGUGAUUGACAGGAAGGUGCGUGAGCUCUGCGUGGACUCCGAGAUCCUCCCGCUGGACACCUCGCCGGAGAAAAUCAAGGCUGCUGGAUACAGAGGAAUCAUCAUUUCAGGAGGCCCCAUGUGUGUGAAUGAUGAAGAUGCACCCAGCUACGACCCUGGUAUCUUCUCCAUGGGGCUGCCUGUGCUUGGCAUCUGCUAUGGCAUGCAGAUGCUGAAUUCCACAUUUGGGGGCAGUGUCCAAGGGAACACAGGUCGGGAGGACGGACAGUUCACCAUCACUGUGGAGAACUCAGCUCUGCCUUUCAAAGGAUUAAAGAAGGAACAAAAGGUUCUUCUUACCCACGGGGACAGCGUCGAUAAGGUCGCAGAUGGCUUCAAGGUCAUUGCAAAGUCUGGGAACAUUGUAGCAGCCAUUGCUGAUGAGAAGAGAAGACUUUACGGUGUGCAGUUUCACCCUGAGGUGGACCUCACAGAAAAUGGACAACAAAUGCUGAAGAACUUUCUGUUCCAGGCCUGUGGUUGCCAUGGCACCUACACCAUGAACUGUCGCGAGACCGGCUGUAUCCAGGAGAUCCGAGAGAUCGUGGGGAAGCACAAGGUGCUGGUACUGGUCAGCGGGGGUGUGGACUCUGCUGUGUGUGCUGCACUGUUACAUAAGGCCCUGGAUAAAGACCAGGUGAUAGCAGUUCACAUCGACAAUGGCUUCAUGCGGAAAAACGAGAGUCAGAUGGUGUACGAGUCGCUGACCAGGCUGGGACUGGACCUGAAAAUGGUAAAUGCUGCCCACCAGUUCUACAAUGGCAAAACACACGUCCCUAUCAACAAGGCAGACCCCAAAGGGAAGAAACGGAUCACAGAACAGCUGAACAGAACAACCAAUCCUGAGGACAAGAGGAGGAUAAUAGGGGACACUUUUAUGAAGGUAGCAGAUGAGGUCAUCUCUGAAAUGAACCUGAACCCAGAAGAAGUUUUCCUUGCACAAGGUACCCUGAGGCCUGACCUGAUUGAGAGUGCCUCCAGCCUAGCUAGUAAGAAUGCAGACGCCAUCAAAACACAUCACAACGAUACCAACUUGGUACGGGAGCUCAGGGAUAAGGGCCGUGUGGUCGAGCCUUUGAAGGACUUCCACAAGGACGAAGUGCGUGCGCUCGGGCGUGACCUGGGUCUGCCGCAGGACCUGGUACAGAGACAUCCCUUCCCAGGCCCUGGUCUGGCCAUCCGUGUGAUCUGUGCUGACGAACCGUAUCACUGCGACGACUACAACGAGACCCACACCAUCCUCAGACUGAUCGUCAAGUUUGCCGACACCCUAGAAAAGGUAAACUAUCCCCAUGCCCUGCUACAGCGGAUCAAGAACAGCACGACAGAAGAGGAGAGAUCCAUGCUGGCCUCCAUGACCAGACAACACCCCAUGAUGUCCACUCUCCUGCCCAUCAAGUCUGUGGGAGUCCAGGGUGAUGCGAGAACGUACAGCUACGUGGCUGCCAUCUCCUCCAGCGAGCCUCCCCACUGGCCCACCCUCUUCAAACUGGCCAAGAUCAUCCCCAGGAUAUGUGGCUGUGUCAACAGAGUUGUGUUCCUGUUUGGUGACCCCAUCAAGGAAAUCAUACCUGACGUCACGCCAACGUUCCUGACCACAGGCGUGCUGAGCACCCUCCGUCAGGCAGAUCACAUCGCCAAGAAAGUUCUGCUGGAGAGUGGUCACAUGAAAACAUUGAGCCAGAUGCCCAUCAUCAUGGUGCCUCUGCAUUUCGGCCGUGACGCGAUUCUUCGGCAGGCGUCGUGUCAGCGCUCUGUCGUUAUCAGAACCUUCAUCACUAACGAUUUCAUGACGGGAAUCCCCGCCGUGCCUGGGGACCACAUACCGGUGGAGUUGGUGAGUAAGAUGGCAGAAGAGAUUGAGAAGGUUCCGGGGGUUUCCCGCGUGAUGUACGACAUGACAGCCAAGCCGCCCGGCACCACAGAAUGGGAAUAAGUCCUUUCAUGAUACAGACAAAGAUUUGAAUAUUGACAUCAUUCAGGUGACUUCCAGCCUAAAUUUUCCUCUUUGGUAGCAGUACAGGGAUAUGAGUUGCUUGUGUCAGACGUAAGUCUAUAUAUUAUAGUGCUUUGAAAUUAUAUAAUUGUGCUAUGUAUUACUAGAGCCUCUGCAUUAUUAGUCCUUGCCUUAAAAGUCUUCUUCCAAACCAAAUGCCCACCUUUCUUUGACAUCAGAGUGUUGUCACUGUUUCUAGAUGAUACUAAGGGCCCGAUUGACAUGCAUAUUGUUCUGUAUUACACGUACACUGUGAACUUUAAACUGGGACAUUGAAUUUUAUACAGGUGGGGUGUCAACCAAAUUACUGCAUGCAUUAUGUACAUGUGCAAAGCUUCCUAUCCCAGUGUAGAUGGUACACAUUUGCUUCAGCAGUCUGCACAACAUGUAUUUAUCUCAGCUUUAUGUUAUAGAACUAUUUAUCAUUGUUUUCAUGAUGUCAUGUACACCAUUUUUGCCUCUAGUCUUGCCAUCUGGUUGUUUUAGGGAGUAACUACUACUAAAAGUAAUCCGUUGACAAUGUUUUUUUCAUUUUGGCCAUGGAAAAAUAGCAAUAUCUCUUUUAUAAGAUGUCAUUGAAAAGGAAAAUGACAAAGUAACAAGAGUUAGCAAGUAACAAGUGUCAGAUAUAAAAUGGAUGCAGAUUUAUAUUAGAUAUUUGUAGAUGGAUGAAUAGACUGAUGAGUUUAUUAGCAUGUUACAUCAAUAUUGUUUUACCACGAAGCAGUCAUGUAUCUUGAUAAGUACUUAAUCAAGUGUAACUCUGCUCUCUGACGAGCUUGUAACAAAAUCACAGCUGAGUUGCCUGAACUGGUAAUAGAAGUUACUUAAAGAGUUACAUUCUCUUUUGUACAUAAAUCAAAAGUAUAUAGCAGGACAUUUUAUCAACAUGUAGCCAGGUUGUCCGUUACAUUGGCACUGGUAAGUGUCAUUAAACAUUCUUGUACCCUUGAAGGCAAAUCUGAUGGUGAAUACUAGUUUUCUUAUUACUGAACUGCUCUGAAAGUACCCCCAAUGUACCUAAGUUUCAUAGAUAAGUUCUUGGGACAAUCUGCCAGAUUGUUGUUUUAUGGGCUGGGAGGGGGUUGAAUGAAAUGUUUCAGUCUGACACUUCUGUUCAAGGUCAUUUUCAAAGUCUUUGUGGUGAUCAAGUAUUGUAUGAAGGAUACAAGUGCUGCUUGGUUAAGUAUUUAUGAAUUGUUUAUUGCACUUUGUGUAUUAGCUGAGCUAUAAGGUAUUAUUUUAAGGUUGUUUGGUGUACUCCUUGUCCUGAUUUUCUUGAUUGUCUGGGAAUUGAAAUAAAGAUGUGGGUUGGAUU